GCCCUAUACUGGGAUGUCAUGCAGGAGAACUGUGAGAAUGUGACCUCGCUGGAGUUUCCAGUUUUCCCACCUGAUGAGCUCUCUCAGCCUCAACAAGACAAAGACCCGUGGGUCCCAAAUCUCCAUGAUUCAGAGGAAAGCGAGAUCCUGAGCGGUACCUGCCCAAGGGAGGAAUCAUUCAGCCAAUUUGAAAUCUGUCCGUGGCUGAAGGAAACAGCUGGGAUUCCCGACAGAGACCUUGGGAGUUCUCCUGAGUUCAGGAUUGUCCCCAGCAGGAUCAGUUCUUAAUGUCCUUUCUAGUCAGGAAUUCCUGGACUUUGGCAAUGGCAGUGGAGUGAGUAUUCCUUCUUCUUUCCCGAAACAGUCGUGGUUCAGCAUCCUACAGGGGAGAGGUUACCAGCACAUCACCCUGUAAUGGUUUUGCUUCUUCUAGAAAAAAUCAAAGGCACAGUAGAUCUGUCUGUGGACAAGGGAGAGG